UAAAAGCCUUGAAAAAUAUAGAGAGAGAGUGAGAGGCUAAAAACCUAAAUUUCCACUUCUACUAUUUCAUUCUCUCUCUCUACUGCACCUGUGUGACCUUCACCUUCUCUCCCAAAAUAGAGAGAGAGAGAGAAAGAAAAACAAAAAAAGAUUACUGCAAAGCACGUCUCCACAGAGAGCAAAGCAACCCAUGGAUUCUCCAAUCCAACAUCCCUUCAUUUUCACGGCAUACCAUUAGAGAAAAAAACAAGCAAAGUACCCCAAAAGGGUUUAAAAAAAAAAAACCCAUCUUCCAAGAUUGGGUUUUAUUUUAAUAGCUGUGGCAGACCUCAGAAGAAGAACCCUAGCAUUCCUCUUGAAGAGGAAAAGAGGGUUAUUUUACAGUGUAAAAAUGUUCUGGGUCACCAAAUUUUCAGGUUUUUUUGCAGUGGCAAUGGUAAUAAUUGUUCUUUCUCCAUCUUUACAAUCAUUCCCACCAGCUGAAGCCAUUAGAUCUUCCAAUAUUCCCUUUCAAAUCACCUCCAAUAAUGUUCCUCUUAAUCGCUUUUCUUUUCGUCUAGCCCCUAUUUUCAAAAAUGCAGCUGAAUGUACCACAAUAUUAAGGGAAUCUAGUGUGUGUAAUCCUUCACUUGUACACGUAGCGAUUACUCUUGAUGUGGAGUAUUUACGUGGUUCAAUUGCAGCUGUUCAUUCAAUUUUACACCAUUCAACUUGUCCUGAAAGUAUAUUCUUCCAUUUUCUUGUUUCCCAGACAAACCUUGAAACCCUAGUUCGAUCUACUUUCCCUCAAUUGAAAUUCAAGGUUUAUUAUUUCGACCCGGAUAGGGUCCGAAAUAUUAUAUCUACUUCUGUUAGACACGCGCUUGAACAACCGUUAAAUUACGCGAGAAAUUACCUUGCUGACCUUUUGGAACCUUGUGUUAGUAGAGUUAUUUACUUGGAUUCAGAUCUUGUUGUUGUUGAUGAUAUUUUGAAACUAUGGUCUACAAAUUUGCGUAAAAUGACAAUUGGAGCCCCAGAAUACUGUCACGCAAAUUUCACUAAAUAUUUCACAACGUCAUUUUGGUCCGACCCGAGAUUUUCCGGGACUUUUUCGGGUCGGAAACCGUGUUAUUUUAAUACGGGUGUUAUGGUUAUAGAUCUGAAGAAAUGGAGACGGGUCGGGUAUACGAAACGGAUAGAGAAAUGGAUGGAUAUACAGAAAACGAAUCGGAUCUAUGAACUCGGGUCAUUACCACCGUUUCUAUUAGUUUUCGCUGGACACGUGGCGCCAAUUGAGCAUAGGUGGAACCAACACGGUUUAGGUGGUGAUAACGUUAAAGGAAGUUGUCGUGAUUUACAUGCCGGUCCGGUUAGUUUACUACAUUGGAGCGGUUCAGGUAAACCGUGGAUCCGGCUCGACUCAAAAAAACCGUGCCCACUUGAUUCGUUAUGGGCACCUUACGAUUUGUAUGGAUUCUCGACGUGACUUUGGUAAAUUACUUCAGUAACUUUUUUUUUUUUUUUUAAACUUUCUGUUCAUUUUAAUUAUUGGGGAUUUUUAACUUCUCUAAUUUUUUUUUUCUACUACUCGAUUUAUUUCGUUCAAAUUUUGUUAUUUUUUAUAUUUCGAUUUAACAUAUGAACAUUAUGAUCACCCAGAGACGAUUUGUAUUCUAUUCUAUUUUAUUCGUGCAGCUUGAAAUAAAAGGGAUUACAGAUGA